CUAGAAAAAAAAAAGGGCUCGCACAGCACGGCGGAGUCUAUACAUCCAUUGGCCCCUUUGCACAAACUCUUCGACUUGGGUUCCCCCUCUUUUCCUAAAUCGACGAAGGACGAUACCGGACGAAUCCACCGGUUUCCUGCGUUCUCCGUGAUGGAAUUGGAUCAGUGGAUCGCGAAGGUGAAGAAAGGGCAGCAUCUGGAGGAACACGAGCUACAACUCCUCUGCGAAUACGUUAAGGAGAUUCUUAUUGAGGAGUCAAAUGUACAGCCGGUUAAUAGCCCUGUAACUGUUUGUGGUGACAUCCAUGGUCAGUUUCAUGAUCUAAUGAAACUUUUUCAAACUGGAGGUCAUGUUCCUGAGACAAAUUACAUAUUCAUGGGUGACUUUGUUGAUCGUGGUUAUAACAGUCUGGAAGUUUUCACAAUUCUUUUGCUUUUGAAAGCCAGGUACCCUGCAAAUAUCACUCUUUUACGUGGCAAUCAUGAAAGCAGGCAAUUAACACAGGUGUAUGGAUUUUAUGAUGAAUGCCAGAGAAAGUAUGGGAAUGCAAAUGCAUGGCGGUAUUGCACAGAUGUUUUUGACUACCUUACUCUAUCAGCAAUCAUAGAUGGAACUGUGCUUUGUGUCCAUGGUGGCCUUUCACCAGAUGUGCGAACAAUUGAUCAGAUAAGGGUUAUUGAUCGCAACUGUGAAAUUCCUCAUGAAGGUCCUUUUUGUGAUCUUAUGUGGAGUGAUCCAGAGGAGAUUGAUACAUGGGCUGUCAGCCCUCGAGGUGCAGGUUGGCUCUUUGGAUCAAGGGUGACAGCAGAGUUUAAUCACAUAAACAAGCUUGAUCUUGUUUGUCGGGCACAUCAGCUGGUCCAGGAAGGCCUGAAGUACAUGUUUGACAAAGGGCUUGUAACUGUUUGGUCCGCGCCUAAUUAUUGUUACAGGUGUGGGAAUGUAGCUUCCAUAUUGAGUUUCAAUGAAAAAAUGGAAAGAGAGGUGAAGUUCUUCACUGAAACUGAGGAGAAUAAUCAAAUGCGAGGGCCGAGGACGGGGGUUCCUUACUUUCUUUAAGGCAGAUGACAGAUUGUUUGAUUUCAUUUCUGUACCUCGUAAAUUCAUGCCACAGACAUGAGCGUGAACCUGUAAGACGAGCAUUGUAAGAGUUCGACGGGCUUCAGAUACGUUGAUUAUUGCUGAUCAGAUCCUAACAUAUGUUGGAAGCUGAUUGGUUUAGCUGCAUAUAUUUUGUAUUAUGAUACUUGCUACA